AUGGUCACGGGAAGUCUACCAUCCAGCCACUUUACACAACCAGCUACCAUCCAGCCACACUUCACAACCAGCUACUAUCCAGCCACAGUACACAACCAGCUACCAUCCAGCCACACUACACAACCAGCUACCAUCCAGCCACAGUACACAACCAGCUACCAUCCAGCCACAGUACACAACCAGCUACCAUCCAGCCACACUACACAACCAGCUACAAUCCAGCUACACAACCAGCUACCAUCCAGCCACUUUACACAACCAGCUACCAUCCAGCCACACUUCACAACCAGCUACCGUCCAGCCGAAACUACACAACCAGCUACCAUCCAGCCACACUACACAACCAGCUACCAUCCAGCCACAGUACACAACCAGCUACCAUCCAGCCACAGUACACAACCAGCUACCAUCCAGCUACACAACCAGCUACCAUCCAGCCACUUUACACAACCAGCUACCAUCCAGCCACUUUACACAACCAGCUACCAUCCAGCCACACUUUACACAACAAGCUACCGUCCAGCCGAAACUACACAACCAGCUACCGUCCAGCCGAAACUACACAACCAGCUACCGUCCAGCCGAAACUACACAACCAGCUACUAUCCAGCCACAGUACACAACCAGCUACCAUCCAGCCACAGUACACAACCAGCUACCAUCCAGCCACACUACACAACCAGCUACCAUCCAGCUACACAACCAGCUACCAUCCAGCCACUUUACACAACCAGCUACCGUCCAGCCACACUACACAACCAGCUACUAUCCAGCCACAGUACACAACCAGCUACCAUCCAGCCACACUACACAACCAGCUACCAUCCAGCCACACUACAUAACCAGCUACCAUCCAGCUACACAACCAGCUACCAUCCAGCCACACUACACAACCAGCUACCAUCCAGCUACACAAACAGCUACCAUCCAGCCACACUUCACAACCAGCGACCAUCAUGCUACACAACCAGCUACACAACCAGCUACCAUCCCGCUACACAACCAGCUACUAUCCAGCCACACUACACAACCAGCCACCAUCCAGCCACACUACACAACCAGCUACCAUCCAGCCACACUACACAACCAGCUACUAUCCAGCCACACUACACAACCAGCUACCAUCCAGCCACACUACACAACCAGCUACCAUCCAGCCACACUACACAACCAGCUACCAUCCAGCUACACAACCAGCUACCAUCCAGCCACACUACACAACCAGCUACCAUCCAGCCACACUACAUAACCAGCUACCAUCCAGCUACACAACCAGCCACACUACACAACCAGCUACCAUCCAGCUACACAAACAGCUACCAUCCAGCCACACUUCACAACCAGCGACCAUCAUGCUACACAACCAGCUACCAUCCAGCUACACAACCAGCUACCAUCCCGCUACACAACCAGCUACUAUCCAGCCACACUACACAACCAGCCACCAUCCAGCCACACUACACAACCAGCUACCAUCCAGCCACACUACACAACCAGCUACCAUCCAGCCACAGUACACAACCAGCUACCAUCCAGCCACACUUCACAACCAGCUACCAUCCAGCCACACUACGCAACCAGCUACCGUCCAGCCACACUACACAACCAACUACCGUCCAGCCACACUACACAAACAGCUACCAUCCAGCCACACUACACAACCAGCUACCAUCCAGCCACACUACACAAACAACUACCAUCCAGCCACACAACCAGCUACCAUCCAGCCACACUAGACAACCAGCUACUAUCCAGCCACAUUACACAACCAGCAACCAUCCAGCUACACAACCAGCUACCAUCCAGCUACACAACCAGCUACCAUCCAGCUACACAACCAGCUACCAUCCAGCUACACAACCAGCUACCAUCCAGCCAUGCUACCGUCCAGCCAAAACUACAGAACCAGCUACCAUCCAGCCACACUACACAACCAGCUACUAUCCACCCACUCUUCAACCCCAGCUACCGUCCAGCCGAAACUACACAACCAGCUACCAUCCAGCCACACUACACAACCAGCUACCAUCCAGCCACACUACGCAACCAGCUACCGUCCAGCCACACUACGCAACCAGCUACCGUCCAGCCACACUACGCAACCAGCUACCGUCCAGCCACACUACGCAACCAGCUACCGUCCAGCCACACUACGCAACCAGCUACCGUCCAGCCACACUACGCAACCAGCUACCGUCCAGCCACACUACGCAACCAGCUACCGUCCAGCCACACUACACAACCAGCUACCAUCCAGCCACACUAGACAACCAGCUACUAUCCAGCCACAUUACACAACCAGCAACCAUUCAGCUACACAACCAGCUAACAUCCAGCUACACAACCAGCUACCAUCCAGCUACACAACCAGCUACCAUCCAGCUACACAACCAGCUACCAUCCAGCUACAUAACCAGCUACCAUCCAGCUACACAACCAAAUCAAAUCAAAUUUGUUGCCUUCUCACCUAGCUGA